UAGAAGGAGACUCUCGAAUCCGGCCCGUAACCCAAUUGCGUAAGUACCCGUUGGCUUCUGAUUCUGCGAAGGGUGACUCUUCUCCUCUAUCGGUAUUCUAAACCUAAGCCCACGAAAUCAGGAAAAGGGAAGAAAACCCCCGAAGCUUGUUGAUUGUCUGGAUUGUUCUUCUGCUGAGAAACAAGGCAUACUCUCGACUGAGUUGCCUGGGUUUGAACGGAGAAAAUGGCGCUAUGGAUGGAAGCGGGUUCAGAGCCCACAACGGAAAGCGAGAAAGCUGACCUCCAAGCUAUUGCUGCCCUCAAAGAAUCUGCUGCUCUUGAACUCAAGGAAAAGGGUAACGAGUAUGUCAAGAUGGGCAAAAAGCAUUAUUCUGAUGCAAUUGAUUGUUAUACAAGAGCUAUAAAUCAAAAAGUUUUAAGUGAUUCUGAGAACUCCAUUUUAUUUGCCAAUAGAGCCCACGUCAACCUAUUGCUAGGAAAUUACAGACGUGCUCUGGCAGAUGCUGAGGACGCAAUUAAGCUCUGUCCUACAAAUGUCAAGGCAUUCUAUCGAGCUGCCAAAGCAUCUUUGUCAUUGAAUUUGUUGAAUGAAGCAAAAUCAUAUUGUCAAGCUGGACUUGAGCGUGACCCGAGUAACCAGGAUCUAAAGAAGAUUGCACGGCAAGUUGAUUCAAGGAAGCAAGAGGAAGAGCGCCAUGAGGCUGAAGUUUCCAAGGCUGUGGCAAAUGCUAAGCGCAUUCUUUCUGCAAUUGAAGAUAGAGGCCUGAAAAUCGGAAAGGCAAUGUUUCGGGAACUUACUGGAUUAAGAAAGCCAGUAUUAGAUAAGAAUAAUAUUCUUCACUGGCCAGUUGUUCUUGUGUAUCCGGAGGUUAUGUCCAGUGACUUUAUUGAGGGCUUCUGUGAGACUGACAUGUUUGCAACCCAUCUGGACAUUAUCUUUUCAGAACCCUUGCCUUGGGAUACAGAAAACAAUUACACACGUGAAAACAUUGAGUUGUACUAUGAGGCUGCUUCUGGAGUUUGUCUGUCAAAGAACAGAGUUCUCCGGUAUCUCCUAGAGGGGACUGUAGGGUCUCAUGUGGAAAGUAUUUGUGAUGAAGAUAAGGAUGCAUCUGAAAAAUCUAGUUAUGGUAUAUCUCCUGCAGAAGGGUCUUCCAAGUUGGUUAGAGUUAAUGAAAAAAGGACACUCCAUGAUGUUCUGAAAGAACCAAAUUUUAUUAUUCCAGAGGUUCCAGUUUUCUAUGUUGUUUCAAGAGCCUCGAGCUUCUAUAGAGAGUUUAAAGCUGGGAAAUGGGCUCCUCCACCAUGAACAGCUUUGUCAUCAGCACAGCAGGAAGUAUGACCAGUUAUCUUUUGGAGAUCGCUGAAGUUAUAAACACGUAAAAGCAAGAAAGCUUCCUUGGACCUAGAUAGAGUGGGUUAGCACUGCCCCGAAGUGUUUGUGAAUAUUUUGAAAACAAGGGGCAGGACCGAUCAAUAGCUACAAGGCCAUUGCAAUAAAGCUCGGCAAAGACAAGGUUUUAUGUUAUUUAGAGGUAGGCCUCCUGCUUCAGUAAUUAAUAUAUGUCUCUCUCUUCAUAUUUGUUUCAAAAUUUAGUAAAUGAAUUUUUUGAUUAUUCGAGCCGGGUGCACUUGAUUCACCUGAGUGGUUUCUAUGUUGAUUCAACAUGAGUUCUCCAUAUCUGAACUGAGUAAGAAAACUUUAAUGAUUUGUUUGUUUUCCUUUA